UCAAGAUCAGGUCUAACGAAACUGGUAAGCUAAAAAGUAAGACUGGAUAAGCUUUUUAAGGCUGCAGCUUGGGUUGUUGCAAACUUCAUUUUCCGACAUUGAUAUUAUAUACUUAAUUUCUUGGAGCGGAUUUAGGAUUUAGAUUCUAUAGGUUCAACUUUUAAGGGUUUUAGCAUUGAACCCGUUGUAUUUUCAAAGUAAUGCGUUUAGAUUUACCGUUUGUUGUAAUUUUAAUGAAUUUUUACGUAUAAAUUUAUUUUCCACGUUGAGAUGAACCUGGCAGCCAAACUCUGUAUCCGAUUGCGCAGUGCACAGGCAAGCUGAUACAUGAACUUGGGCCUAACAUAACCCCAAAAGUUAGUUUACGAGGGGAGGAUUACCCAAGACCAAGGACCUCAAAUCCCUCCGAUUUGGGACAAGUUGAGACUUGAGAGAGGAAAAUGGAUAUACAAGAGAGGGAACUAGAUCUUGAGAGUCCAUUGAUUACAGAAUCUAAGAACAGAAGAAAUGAGAUUUUGGUAGAAGUGAAGAAGCUGUUGGUAUUAGCAGGGCCACUUAUGUCUGUGAAUUUUCUAUUAUAUUGUUUACAGGUUAUAUCUAUCAUGUUUGUUGGUCAUCUUGGAGAGUUAGCUCUUUCUGGUGCUUCUAUGGCUACUUCCUUUGCCUCUGUUACUGGUCUCAGCUUGUUGAUGGGAAUGGGAAGUGCAUUGGACACUUUAUGUGGGCAAUCAUAUGGCGCAAUGCAGUAUCAUAUGCUUGGUAUCCAUAUGCAAAGGGCAAUGCUUGUUCUUCUACUAGCCAGUGUUCCGCUUGCCUGUAUUUGGGCUAAUGCAGGGUAUAUUCUUGUAUUAUUGGGACAAGAUCCAGAAAUAGCAGCUGAAGCAGGAAGUUACGCACGCUAUAUGAUUCCAUCUAUCUUUGCCUAUGCGCUUCUCCAGUGUCAUAUUAGAUUUCUACAAGCACAAAACAAUGUGCUACCCAUGAUGUUCAGUGCCGGAAUCACUACUUUACUGCAUUUAUUCAGUUGUUGGAUUCUGGUCUUUAAAUCUGGCCUAGGCAACAAAGGUGCUGCUCUGGCUAAUGCGAUAUCCUACUGGAUUAAUUUCUUGUUGCUAGCUUUAUAUGUCAGAAUAUCGCCUUCUUGUAAAAGCACUUGGUCUGGAUUUUCAAAAGAAGCAUUUCAAGAUACUUGGAAAUAUCUAAGACUUGCGAUUCCUUCAGCUGCUAUGUUCUGCUUAGAGAUUUGGUCGUUUGAAAUGAUGGUUCUGUUGGCUGGACUUCUUCCAAAUCCGAAGCUGGAGACGUCAGUUCUUUCUAUCAGCCUUAAUACAUGCGCGAUGGUGUAUAUGAUACCUCUAGGACUAAGUGGUGCUACGAGCAUAAGAGUUUCAAAUGAACUAGGUGCAGGACGACCUCAAGCAGCUCGUUUAGCAGCUUGCACUGCGGUAUUCUUGGUGGCUACAGAAGGCGUCGUUGCAGCAAUAGUUCUGAUUUUGGUUCGUAAACUUUGGGGCUAUUGUUAUAGCACCGAGGAAGAAGUGGUGGCAUAUGUAGCAGAAAUGCUAGUCUUGCUAGCAGGAUCCCACUUCUUAGAUGGUAUUCAAUCUGUCACUUCAGGUACUGCAAGAGGAUGUGGCUGGCAAAAGAUAGGGGCAAUUGUCAACUUGGGAGCUUAUUACCUUUUCGGGAUACCUGCUGGUGUUAUAUUAGCUUUUGUCUACCAUUUUGGUGGAAAGGGACUUUGGUUAGGAAUCACUCUUGCUCUUUUUGCACAAGCACUGCUUCUUUUAAUAGUUACUCUGCAGACAAAUUGGGAAAAACAGGCAAAGAAGGCAGCUGAUAGGGUGACUUCAGAGCUACCUAACAUAGAAGAAAAUACAGAAUGACAUAAUAUGGCAAGAUACUUACAAGUUCAUGUAAUUCUUCUUGGCAUCAAGUUGGCUAAUUGACUAACUUACAUCAAUUCUGAAGAUCUCUUAGCUUUGAGAUGGCACUCUUGAGCUUGUGACAUGGAAUUUGACUGGUUAUGAAUUGAUACAACAAUUUUUCAGGAUUUGCCUUUGUAUCUUGGGAAUAGAAUCUUGAAGGUCCUUGCCUCGCACUAUUUUUUUAGUUUUUAUGGCGUUGGUGUCUAGGCCACUAUUCCACCGGGUACCUGUUAUCUUCCACCAACACAGGUAUCGAGUAACU